AUGUUGUCUGUAUCAAAUGCUCCACAUUCCGGUACAACAUAUUUUAGCAGACCACUUGAACAAUGGAGCUUGCUGUCGUUUUUAAAGAGAAAGAGACCUGCCAUGGUGGCGCAAGAGCUAGACUAUAACAAUGAGCAUACAUUUUACGAAAAUACCAUCAAGCAGGUAUUUGAUGAUACAAAAAGACAAAAGCUGCUUGUUGACUUUGAGGCCGAAAAAAUGUCAGAGGGUGUUGCAAAGUUUUGGUUAGUAUUAGGGUGGUGUCAGCAAUAUGGUGGAAACAACCAAGCCUUGAUACCACCCAAAACCAGAGGCUUUUUUGACGAAAUAUUGAGGCAGAAGUCAUAUAACUAUGAUCUCUUGCAAAAGGGAGCUAUG